AUGGAAUAUCUUACGCGGCUGCUUCAACUAGGGGCUCAACAAAAAGAGUUUAGAUAUCACCCUCUGUGCAAAGGCCUUAAGAUCAUUAAUCUCUGCUUUGUUGAUGACUUAGUGAUCUUUUGCAAAGCUAAUAUCGGCUCAGUCCAGGUGGUUAAACAGGUUUUUGAGGAUUUCUGUAACAGCACAAGUCUGAAGGCUAACAUCAAUAAAUCUCAGGUGUUUUUUGGAGGGGUUUCGGCUGCUGUUAAGGACCAGCUUCUACAGAUAUUGCAGCUUGAAGAGGGAACUUUUCCUCUUAAGUAUAUGGGGAUUCCUAUGAGGCCAACAAAAUGGAAAAUGAUAGAUUGUGGUGAUAUUCUUAAAAAAAUUAAGCUUAGGCUUCACACCUGGGCUAGCAAACAUUUAUCAUAUGCAGGGCGAACUCAACUAAUCACAUCUGUUCUUCUGGGAUUGCGAAAUUAUUGGAUGAACAUCUUCUUGCUCCCUCAAAGAAUUGUUAAAGAGGUAGAUAAACUUUGCUUGUGGUUUCUGUGGGGCAACAAUGGUACCAGGAGUAAUUUUCAUCUCACCCCUUGGUCCACUGUCUGUUUGCCGAAAAGAUUUGGAGGUUUCGGUGAAGGAACUAAGUGGAACAAAGCAAUGCUAGCAAAAUAUAUAUGGGCUAUUAGUCAUCAACCAGAGACUCUUUGGGUGAAAUGGGUCAACACAGUAUAUUUAAAAGGCCAAAGUUUAUGGCAGUACCAACUUAAGGCAUAUACAAGUUGGUAUUGGAGAAAAAUCUGUCAUAUGCGUGAUGUGUUUUCUCAAAGGGAUAUUGAUGUAGCUGUUAGUCAUGGGAGAUUUAAAGUUGGUUUACUUUAUAUGAGAUGUAUACAUCAAGAUCCGAUCAAGUACCAUCCCCUUGUUUGGAAUAGGAUAAGUGUGCCAAAGCAUCGAUUUAUCACUUGGCAAGCGGUGAAUGGGAAGUUGUUAACUCGAGAUCAUUUGCACAGAGUGUUCAAGCAGCUUAAUUACCUCCUCUGCCCGAUUGAAGAUAUGAGAAGAGAUCUUAUAGCUGCGCUUGUGGCGGCUGUCUUCUCAGCAACAGUAUAUUACAUUUGGUAUAAUCGUAAUACUUGUUUUGUUAAUCACUUCUCUCAUAGAGUCAAUUGUAUAGUUGAUAUGAUCAAAAAAGAUAUUAGCUAUAGAAGUAGGUGCUUUAUACAAAAGAAAUUGACAGGAAAAUGGUGGGUUUUUGUGAGGAAAUUAUCAUUUGAGUAA